AUGGCCCCAAACACCUUUCUCGUCAGCGAUCCCAAGUUCGCCACAGUACUGUCUCGGCUCCGAGACCGAUCGUUGAGACCCUCGGCGGUGCGCUCCACUGUAGCCGAGCUGACGAGAGUGCUUGCCAAAGACGCAGUGGCGUCGCCGCCUAAGCCAGGAGAGAAAGUUGCGAUAGUGGUGAUCAUGAGGUCCGGCCUGGCAAUGAUGGAACCUUUCAUUGAGGCGCUCCCUGAAGAUACGGAUAUGGUCAUUUACCAUCUUGGCUUGUUUCGUGAGCGGGAAACUCUGCAGCCGAUUGAAUACUACAACAAGUUUGCCAAAAAGACGCCUAACAUCACCCAUGCCUACGUUCUGGACCCCUUGGUUGCCACGGGUGGCACAGCAGGUGCGGCUAUCAACAUCUUGAAAGACUGGGGAAUUGAUCAGAUUACAUUUUCGUGUCUGAUAGCAAGUCAGAGUGGUCUGGAAGCCGCUUCAAGAGUCUGGUCCGAAGGCACUCGUUUUGUGGUAGGUGCGGUCGAUGCAGAGUUGGAUAGCAAAGGUUACGUCAAACCAGGAGUUGGGGAUAUUGGUGAUCGCUUGUUUGGAACGGCCCUUGCGUAA